UGGAUGAUGUUCGUCGUAUCCUUGCUUUAUGUUUUUGUUCUUUUAAGCGAAUCGUUUUAGUAUACCUGACCCGAAGGUUCAAGUAGACGAGUUUCUCAAACUGGUGGACCUGAAGAACGAUGCUGUGAUUUCAAAGGUAGGUUCGCCGGAUUAUGAUGCAAUGACUACCACCGUCCCUGACCUUGCGAUGGACGAUUAUGAAACGGCGAGUAUGGACCUAGACAGCGAUACCGAUCAGCCGAACCUCAACGUUACAUCGAUCGACCACGAGUCCAGUGACAGCCAACUCACUUCAGUGCCCUCUACUCUGCCGCAGGUCAGGUCUGACAGCGACGUGCGCCAAGUUUCUGUCGAAGAGGUCAGCGUCAGCCGACCAGGAAGCGUUUUACGCCGCUCGGGAAGUUGCAAAGGUUUCGACUCGUCCUCACAGGCGACGGCCGCCAGGCAUACGAACAAUGACGACGAGGAAGCCGAGACUUUGCGAGAGAUUCUCCUGCGCUCGUUAGCGACCAAGAAAGUUGGUGUCGUCCAAGAACCUAUACUUAUACCACUGGAGGACAGCGACGACAGCGAAUCCGAGGUCGAGUCGAUGAAUGAUGCUAGGUCAGUGCCCUCAAACGAAGAAAUGACGACUAAAAAGAACGACGCCGCUGCGGCCUUGUUGGACAACUGCUUGAAGUCUGCUCGUGAGAAGGCUUUGGAAAUAAAACGUUCCAAACUGGAUGAACAAAAUAGUGAAACAAGAGACGCGUCUCAUCUGAAGUCCACCGUUAUCCAGAGUGUUGCGGAGGAAAAUGUCGAACAACCGGCAUCCGUCGUCUCCACUACAUCUAGCAUCGAAGCCAGGUUACGAGCUUGUGCCAACGACAUGAACAGACACAGGGAACUGAUGCUGAAGAAUAAGAAGCGGCUCAAUAUUCUGACGACGGACGGCGUUCGUCAUAAAGUGAAACUACGGCGCUUGGAGAGAGCUGCUCAAAAGCUCAGAGAACAGCUUAAUCGUAUUGAACACUGUUGCGUUUCCGAGCGGCAAUUAAAAAUUGCCCAGGGCACUGUGGACAUGGACGAUUGUUUGCAGCGUCUUUAUGAAAGUCAGUGGAAUGAAAUUCUUCUGCUGCUUGGGAGGAAGAAAAAGUCAGAGGACUUGCAGAGAGAACCAGGUGUUUUUCAGAAGUCGGUCAUUCGCGAGAAAACUAAUCUGUUUACCGAUUUUCACUGGCUCUUGAGAAACGUGAAUCCGAGUUUGAUCCAUCUAGGAAAACAGUAUUGUUCAGGUAGAAUUUUUGCCGUCUUUUCUCACGUCUUUGUCAGUAAGUUUCUGCUGGGUUCAAACAACUACAUUCUGGGAUACAUGAAGCUAUGGCAGUCGCUGCUACCGCGCUUCCAUUUCAUGAAAAGCCUUAAGGCCAAGUACAUUAUGCUCAGCCUUAAUUCCCUUGGCGAAAUGGUGAUCUCCUCCGUAUCGUUCGGUUCAGGGUCAGACAGGGGAGAACUUGAAAAGCUUGAUCACGUCCGUGUCACUCCGGUGGACGGUGAAAUAAUUAAUACGAGCAAUGCUCGAAGCGAAGAUGCUAACACUGUUUCCGUCGCAGUUCUUGCCAAAACCAAAGAUCCGCAGCUCCUGAAGGCGGAAAAGCAGCAGUUGAUUUUGAAGUCAAUGCUCAGUAAUAGAGAAAGAUACAAACAAAUGUUAGAAAGUUUAACCGAACCAGCGGUAGGUACUUACCUAUGUUCAUGCGUUGCUCUGCAUAUAACGAUGUUAAUACUUGUAAACAUAUAAUA